UGACGCACGGCUGCUUACCCUUGGCUUCCGGUGACGUGGUUGCUAACUUGUGUUGAUGUAUUUUUCUCGUUUUUCUGUAUAAGAAAGUGGGGAAAGUACGCCGUUGACGGAGUGAGCCAGACCCGAAACGAGUCGAAAAGCUUUCACAAUAAACAUAAACCUCGUAUUUCAGGUGGAGAAAGUGUAGCAUUGCUUGUGGAAAUGAAUAUUGGCUCUAAAACUAAGAAACGGGUGGUUCUGCCCAGCCGACCCGAGCUCCCCACUGUGGAUCAGCUGCUGGAGGACAUCCACAAAGCUGCUCCUGAUGACCCGGUUUUCAGCAUCCUGGAGAAAACCGAGCAGACUUCGUCCCGGCCAGCGGACAGCGAGGCGGAGCUGCGGUUCCAGCAGAGCCGCCGCUAUUUGGAUCUGAACGGCCGACUGGAGGAGGCGCUGGGUCGGCUGCAGAAACAGAGGGAGGCGCUGCAGACGGCCGGGGGACAGCUGGACAGGACGGUGGAGGAGGUCAAAGGUCAAGUCUGCUGACUCAGCACAUCCCAAAGAGACGCCGCUUCUUCUUCUCUUUAACUGAACUCUGCUACUGGAAACCCAGACAGACAGUGAUGGCUGACCUCUGACCUCACCUGUAAUCCCGCUUCAUGGUCCCUGAAUGUUUCUGAUCAUGAAAAGUGUUGCGAUCUAAAGUCAGCAGUUUGACCGCGAAAAUAAAUGAGAAAAUGUGCAGAAAUAAAAAUCAGAGUGGAAAAUAAAAGUGAGAAAAAAUGAAAAUAUUAAUUAGUUUUUUCAAUAUUUGUUUUUGUGCAAAGCUUAAUUCUUUAUGUUUUUGUAAAUAAAUGUAAAACAUAAAGCAGUGCAUGUUUAUUUCAUUUUAUUUCAAUGAUAACCUCUUGAGAUGUUUUUGUGGGGGUCCUUACAAAAACAUAAAUAUUAAAGCAAAAAAUAAUAAAAUAAAACGGUUGAUGAAAAUAAAUAAUAUUCAGGUACCCAAA